GCUGAUCAGUUGGACAGUAUGCUGAAGGGCAGGUUGUUCUUGCGAGGAGCACCAUUGCAGCGCUAGCAGCAAUAUGACGAAGUGUACAUCCUACAGACUACCUAUAACUAGUUUAGUGACCAGUAAACCUGUGAUAUAACCACAACUUCAGUCAUCCCUGCGGUAUUGACCAGAAGUCAUUAGUUGUUAACACUUGGCACUGACUUGCAGAACAGGUAGAACCGUGACUGUACAUCGGACAGAAGAACCUACAACACCAUGACAAACGGUCCCCCACCCUCCCAAGCAGGUCCCUCACAAUUCCAGUCCAACCCAUCUGAAACAGUGCAACAGUAAACCCUACCUCGCAGCUUCAGUCUGUACAGUAUGGACCAGCGACUCAAGGACAAAAUCCUCAAGGAUACUACGCGAUGAGCUACACACCCGGUGGGUGGCAAAACGCGUGGCAAGUCCCCUCUUACCCGUACAUGGCUUCCGGUAGUGUACCAGGCCAGCAGACACACUACACUCAGGUUCCCUAUGCUCAAUAUCAACCUCCUGCGGCUGUGACCUACCAGCCGCGCCAAAGGAAUAAGGUUGCACCAAGACCGCGUUCGCCGACACCAGAGCCUGAAUUACAUCGCCAUUGGGAUGAGGUCAUACGGUCGUUUUUGAAGAAAGUUGGGAUGAAUCAGGCUUUGAAGGGGUUCGAGGAUGAUAUGGUAGUUAUGAAUGCAGAUUGGGAAAGGCAGAAGGUUCCUGGUGCUAUUGGGGAUUUAAUGAAGGAUCUUAUGAACUUGGGAAAAUCGAAAUCCAACGAAACACUCCCAGAACGACCACUGGAAGAACGAAAGCUCGAUUAUCUGCAUCUCUCUAGCGGUGCUGAGCCCCAGUCUCAGACGUCGAUAACAAAAUCAAUAUCCCAAUUUCUCGCGCAAAAUCGCGCGAGGAAUGACGCCUCUAACCGCACAGAGUUUCUUGAAUCUCUCGCUCAAAAGAGACGGCGACUAAAUCUUGAUCCAGACAGUACCGAGCACAUACCGUCCUGCGCACGAACAGAUGCAAAGCACCUCGACCGUGACGUGCAGAUGAAAUAUGACAUUGCAAAGAAUGAAGAUGGACCUCUCCGACGAACCAUGAAAGGUGUAACCAGUGACAAGGGCAGGCAGGCAGAGCUUCUCGCGCUACAUGAUGACGCAGAAGGCGACCAGCAACCUGCAACAGAUCAAAGGGUGAACAAUAUCGAAGAGCAUCUUGCAGUCCGCUAUGUCCCUGCUCCACCACGAACGCUUCUGUCCCGUCUCCGACUGCUUGAGGACCAUAUCAUGCAGCUCGAGAAGGAUUACCCGCCGUGGGCUGCUUUACAUUUUAAUCAGCCAAAUCGCGGUUGGCCUCCACCUCCACGCCAGACCCCAAUUAUAGUUCCGUCACACAUUACAACCGCGACAAAAGACCCCAAGACUGAUGCUCCGCAACAAGAGCUAUCUUCUUCCAGCCCUUCUGAAGAGACGUCACAAACAAAAGUCAAGAACAAAAAUAAAUCUAGUUUACACCGAGCGGUGAUGGAGAAACUGGAAAUACAAAAGGCGAUGAGUGAUCUUGCAGGGAUUCGCAAGUCCAGUUGACAUAUGCCAAAGGAUUAAUGGGGUUGGCGAUCACCAAGUUGGAAAAAUCCAGGAACAUAGUUCCGGGUUUGAGAAUAGGACGGCCUAUGUAUAUGAUCGGCAGGAAUGCGCUCUUCGUGUUCCAUCCGCAGUCGCCCUCGAACCUCCUAUUCCACAGCUUUUCUCCCUGCCCUGGGUCUGGAGCUAAAAAUAAACAGGAUUUUUGAGGUUGGUUCAACCGAGGCUGGGGUCGGGUGGUGCCGACAAACACCUUGCUUGCUCCAUUGCCCCGGCAGCACAUAACGACCGGAGCACGUAGAUGGCACAAUGUUGAGACGACUUGACACAAUGAUCUAACGUCCCUGUCCAUAACCGUUUCCGCGGAUAUAUAUUAUAUAUUGCUGUUGUCGAGCUUGCCCGCCUCAUGGUACAUAGAUGUUGUA